AUGGCAGAUCUUGAUGUACUUGAAAAUAUCCAACAAACUCUUAAGAAAUUCACAAGCAAGGAUGAAUGUCAGAAAAGCAUCAAGAACGCUUUUGUUAGGAAAAUAGUGUAUCGUAUAGGCUCCGUCCACACGUUUACGGAAGCGAUAUACGGUAAUAUGAAUGUGACACAUUUUGAAGAUGAAUUUGAAGGAUCUCGAACACUUACAGUGGAACACUCAUUUGAUAGAGGCCCCAACCCUGUGUACACCAAGAGAGGAACUAUUGUCAUACACUCACUGAAAGGAAACCGUGCUCGCUUCACACAGACAGCCCCACUCUCUCCAGAAGAGAGGUCUCAACUCGAGAAUCUGGCACAAAGCAAUGGCAUCUACCGUGUAAGAAUCCCCGUGACAUCGCAGGAUGAUCAACAGACCCAGAAUGAAGUGUAUAUAUCAACUUUCACACGAGCUUGUGCAAUAUAUGAGUCUGGACUGAGUGACCAGAUGAUGGUGAACUUUGACCAAUCUGGAGAGGUUCUUGGUAUCUCACUGACUGCUAUUCCUGGCUUAUGUGUUGGUGCCGAUGUUCCUGCAUCCAACUUGACCAACUGGAAGACAUCUGUGGAGGCAGUUCUGACAGUUUCUGGACCUGUUCCAGACACACAGACAUACAUUGAGAAAAAUGAAAAGGAAGAGGCAGAGAAGGCCAAAGGUCAACAAGGAGACAACAGAUCAUUCUUUGGAAAAUAUUGGAUGUACAUUGUUCCAUUUGUGAUUCUGGUGAUGGUGGCUUCAUCCUCGGACCCAAACCAGGGGGGCGGAGGACGUUGAGAGGAGGACAUAAGAGGACAUCUGAUAUUCUUGACAGGGAAGAAUAUAUUUGGUGACAAUUCAGUGAAGGAAUAAUUCUAUCCCAGAAAGAAGACUGGCUCAUUUAAAUGAAUCUGACACUGGCUUCUGAGUAUACUUCUCAAAACAAAAUGAAGAACACCCACAUGGGAAGACUAUGUUGUGAAACCAAUAAGCCAUUUUGACUGUUGUCAUUUGAAAAAAAUAGGGUGUUCUUCAACUUCUUUUGAGCAGUAGGUGUAGAAUAUGAGGAGGGCAGAUUGUGUAGGCAUUUCAGGUUCAUCCAGGGUCUGAAAGAAGAGGAAGAUGUUUGUCAACUAACUCAUCUCUGUCCUGUAAGGAGAGAAAGUGUUUCUUGUGUAUGGCAGGUGUAUGUACAUAUUGCAUGAGAGAGUGCCUUUGUAAUAUACUUGUAUGUGUACCGUCAGGUGGAAGGGAUAAAUGAUGUGAAGUUUUGUUGAAGAAGAUUAAAAAAUUGUAUUGUUAAAGAAUUGGUUUUAAAUGUCGUUCUCCGGAUACAUAUGUUCAGUUAAGAAAUAUAUCCUGACUUUUUAAAAAAAUUCCAUCAUUGAAUGUUUUGCUGCACUUUCCAGUCUCACUUCUAUCAGAUCUUUUUCUCCUGUACAAUACCUCUGUGCAUGAACAUUUGAGGACACUCCAUAUAAGGGCAUGAAAGGUGCUCUUUUUAAGCAGCUAAAUAUUCAGUAAGAUUGACAAACCUUUUAGCGUGGGCUUUAUUUGUGUAUUUCAAAUUUGAAACAAUGACAAAAAAGUGUGUUAAGUUCUGAAAGCAAAGAAUAUUGUUGUGAAUAUUUUAUAAAUCUUGUCUUUUCUGAGCACCAUCAUUCACUUCAGCAUGGCAAUUCAGUAGUUCUUGUCUUGCUUUGACCUUCAGGGAAAGUGUUGUCAGGUCUUGAUGUGGAGAGGUGUCAUUUCGAAGUGAAACAUUUUGGUUUCAUGAGAUAGCUGCAACUCUGUACAUUUCUGAGAUUCAUGUUUGUCACCCCUAUUGUAUGUUGUGUACUUGUGUAGCCCAGUGGUGUACGUGUCUGGAUGCUUCACAAAGUGUACAAGUUGGAUGCCAUGAUAAAAAUAGGGCAAAAAUCUUUUGACAUAGAAUCAUUUGUUCAAUGAAAGUCAUUGGAUGCUUGCCAUGAUCCUAAUGUUUAAGUUGAAAGAUUUCGGGGGAGCCUAGAUUCAAACACUUUAAGAGAAGAGCCAUAUGAUCUCAGGACUGCCCUUACAUGUUGGUGAAAAUUUGAAUUCGAGCGCAGUUGAAGCUAGAUCAUCAAGUUUUUUCUUGUAUUAUUCAAAUGGUUGAAAUUGAAAACUAUUUAUAUGUUGUUUCAUUGUCCAUCAUAACAUUCUUCAGGUUUUUCUUUGUUUCUGAUUUUUCAUCAAAGGGGUUUGUUUCAUGUCAAAGCCACAAUGAAUAUUUUUGAUUACUCAAAGUUUAUUGUCAGUUUUCUUCAAACAAACUUCCAAAGGCUCUGGUGGGAAUAAAAUACUUGAUACCUUUGUCAGCUACUGUAGGUAUUUUUAGCCAUGCAAUGGCUUUCUCUCCACCACCCAUUUUCAAAGGUAGAGAGUGAUAGACAUGUUCUGCGAACAAUAUAGCUAUCUCCCCACCACUCAUUCCCAAUGGUAGACAGUUAUAGUUAUGUAGCUAUGCUAUUUACAGAACAUGUCUCUCCCCACGGCCGAAUUUGUUUAUAUAUCAACAGCUUCUUCUUGAGUGAGACGUGCAGCUGAAUGACCCGGCAAGAUAAGAGCUGAGAACCAAUCAAGACAUUAAAAACAUUGUCAUCUGUAACUCAUAAACGUCUCAUUAGAUUUCUUUUUUUUUGCUGUAUAUCAAAUGAAUAUCAGCAGUAAUUGGUGUUGGACUCAAAUCCAUCUGAACCCCAUGCUUGAGUGCCCAUCAGAGCCUUCCAAACUACAUCAUUAUGUUUUACCUUUUCUUCUGUAAGAAACACAUGUUCAUGAACCAAGAAACCAAAAUUACACUGACACGCCCACUAAUGCUUUUCAGUAGCAGUUUUUUAACGUUUCUAAACACAAAUUUACCCUUACUUGGUAACCAGAAUGCCAGAGACUUAGGUACAACAACCCAGUAUCUCUGUGGUGAGGAGGGAACUUGUAGCACAUCUUUCCUGUUUAUUUAUGCGAAUGUUUCUAUUUAUUCAAGAAUGUACAUCGUGUUUUGUCCGAAUAAAUGUCUUUCGUAAGCA